CUAGAGAGUCUUGUGACUAGUGGGUGCUCUACAUUUGCCCCAUCGCAUCGCUCUCGCCGUGAGGACAGACACGUAGUAAAUCCAUGGUGGCAUCGUUGCACUUGCACAUCAGAAGAAUCGUCUUUAGGAACGCACAUCCCAGACUUCACUCAACACUCACUAAACCCCAGCUCAAGGCCCUCGUUCUCGACCACUACUCCCAUGGCAAGUUCGCCAACCUUAUCCAAAACGUUGUCGCGUCGCCCCCCGUCCUCCUCACUGCAUGCCAAAACCUCUCCCCCUCCUUUCCCCCCCCGGACCGCUUCAGCAUCCCGGCCACGUGCCUUGAGCUCCUCGAAAACCGCUUCGACGUGGCAUCAUGCUGCCUCCCACUAACUCCCUCUUUCGUUUUGCCCAACUUGAAGCUCAAGGUCGUCAUUGAGGCCAUUCGAAUGGUUAUGGAAAUCGUCUACGACGACCGCUUCGUCACCUUUUGCUACGGUGGCCGCGUCGGAAUGGGACGACACACAGCCAUAAGGUACUUAAAAAACUCCCUCGAGAACCCUACUUGGUGGUUCACCGUCAGGUUCAAGCCUCACAGGUUUCAACAUUUCCAUGUCGAGAAGCUCUGUUCUGUUAUUGAACGCAAAGUCAACGAUUCCGUUUUCAUUGAUUUGAUAAAGAGGUUGUUUCAAUGUAAGGCUUUGGUCAUUGAAUUGGGUGCGGAUUGGUUAGGAAGGGGACUUCCUCAGGAAUGUGGCUUGUGCUCCAUUUUGAUCAAUGUUUAUUUUGAUGCCUUUGAUAAAGAGAUUCAAGAGAUGCGUCUUCGGGAGAAUCGAGAGAACCGGGAAUUGGAUCCGAAGAUUAUUGCUUCGGGUUUGUAUUCUGAUGUGUUUUACAAGCCGGUGAAGGUGUAUGCGGUGAGGUACUUGGAUGAGAUACUCCUUGCCACAUCAGGGUCCAAGAUGUUGGCCUUGGAGUUGAGGACGGGGGUUGUCAAGACUUUGGAACUUGGAUUGGGUUUGCGUGUUGAUAAGGUGAAUACCGCGAUUCAUAGCGCGGUGUCGGAGAAGAUUGAGUUUCUUGGGAUGGAAUUGCAGGCUGUUCUGCCUUCCAUUUUGCGCCCGCCAAUGUCGGAGAAAGCAAUCAGGGCACGGAAGAAGUACCUCAGGCAGAAGGAAGUCAGGGCUCUUGAAUUGAGAAAUGCUAGAGCAAGGAACAGAAGGAAACUGGGGUUGAAGAUAUUUAGUCAUGUUUAUAAAAAGAUCAAGCAAAGUGACGGGUUUAAAUUUGACUUUAGUAUUGAAAACCAGGUCCGAGAAAUUUUUAGAUCUUGGGCUGAUGAAGUAGUGCAAGAGUUCUUGGGGAAUAUAGAUGAGUGUCAAGAAUGGCAUCGAAGUCUAUCAGCUGGCGAUUUCCUACAGUUGAGACACAUUAGAAAUCAAUUACCACCUGAGCUUGUUGAUGCUUAUGAUAAGUUCCAAGAGCAGGUAGAUCAACAUUUGAAUCCUAUAAAAGCUAGGAAGGCGAUAGAGGAAGAAGAAAGAAGAGUAAAGGAAGAAGAGGAACAAAAUUAUUCAAAAGGAACAGUUGAGGAUUUGACAAAGCUCUGUAUGAAAGUUGAGGCACCAGAAAUACUCAUAAGAAAGGCUGUGAAGUUGGUUGGGUUUACAAAUCAUAUGGGUCGUCCACGACCAAUUGAAUUUCUUGUUGCACUUGAGGAUGCCGAUAUUAUCAAGUGGUAUGCUGGCAUAGCAAGAAGGUGGCUUGAUUAUUUCUGCUGUUGCCACAACUUCAAGACAGUCAAAACUAUUGUAACUUAUCAUUUAAGGUUCUCCUGUAUCUUGACAUUAGCAGAGAAGCAUGAAUCCACCAAGCGUGAAGUGAUAAAGCAUUUCAGCAAAGAUUUGAGAGUCUAUGAUAUGAAUGGAAAUCAUGAAGUGCAUUUUCCUACAGAAAGAGAGGUUAAGAUGAUGGGAGAUAGAAAUCUUUCUGAUCCAAAACCAGUAGAUGGGGCUUUAUCUUUGGCUGUAGUAAGGUUGGCAUCUGAUGAGCCUCCAUGUCAUUGCAUUGCCCAUUUCUGUGACAAGACAACUACUGUCUUUUAUCGGGUCCAUUUGCUGCAAAACAGAUUGAAUGUCAGCCCAUUGGACAAAGAAAAAUGGGUACAAGGGAUGGGUGUAAUUCAUGAAAGCCUAAACCGUAAGUGCCUCCCUCUCUGUACUGAUCAUGUAAAUGAUUUGUACAUGGGGAGAAUCACACUUCAAGACAUUGACUGUUCUUAUUGUGUGGAUGUGGACUGACUUUGCUGCUAAAACAUUUUUACUGUGGUUGGCAUCAAUGAUGAGUCCUCUAUACUUUCAUGAAUUUAAAAAACUAUGGCAUGCUUUCUGUUUGUCCUUUGGUUAUUCUGAUUCAAUUUAUUUAUCCCCUUCUAUGAUUACUGGUCGGAUUGAUAAGUGUGAAACUGAGAUUUUAGACUUAAUAGUGGUUUUGGCUUUUGUGUUUUUGGCUUGUGCUUAUGUUGUAAGCAGUUCUUGUGGUUGUGAAUUGGUUUUAGCAUGUGUUUGGAGGAGACAGGGUCGGUCAUAGGCGUUGCAGCUGGACUGGCUAGGAACAUUGUGACAGGAAUGGUGGAAGGAACUGUAAUGAUGGUUGGUGCAUCUGAAGGUGCGAUGAGUGGUGUAGGAUUUGUGGGGAAAAUUGAGGUUGGUGAGUUAUUUGUGUAUUGUAGAAUUAUUCGGGUUAGGCACUUCACUGCCCAGGUAAUUUGACAUUUGUAUCUUAUGUUCUAAUGGAUUUUCAAGAUUUAUCCAAUAGGCUUGUUACCCCAUUCCCACAAAGUAAUAAAAUAUUUAGCUGCUUUUCUUUGUAUAUGGCUGGCUGAUUAUCAUGUUAGUAAAUAUUUGUUCUAAUGGCUUUUCAAGAUUUAUCCAAUAGGCUAGUUACCCCAUUCCCACAAAGUAAUAAAAUAUUUAGCUGUUUUACUUUGUAUAUGACUGAUUAUCAUGUUAGUAAAUAUUUGUUGUGUCUCAAGUAAGGGCCAAGUACUGAUUUUGCAUUUUAAAGUAUUUCAAGGAUUUGAAUAAGAACUAAGAUGAUAUCUUAACUGCAUUGUGAACGAUUCUGAUAUCCUCUGUAAAAGAUACUACCCAGAUCCAAUCACUUUCUGAAUUCUGAUAACAUUCCUUUUAUUAUAUUGUAAAUGGUUUCGUAAUUCCUUCCUCACUCCUCAGCUUAAUUACUGCAACUCCUUUUUAAGCAUCCGCCUAACACAUUAAGCUUUCAGGUUGAUUUUGUUUUUUAAUGAGAUAUUAGAUCCUCUAUGACCAAUGAUCAGAAAUUUCAUCAUCGCUCUGCCAUUUUGGUUCAAGUUUCUUUGUUUGUGAUAUUGAGGUUCCUGUUACACACAAGUUGUUUAACAUUGAAGUUAUGCACUCAAAUCCUUUUUAGCUUGAUGUUGACAAAUGACGAAUUGAUACGAUAUAUGAACCUGAGUUGCCUGUUGGCCCAAAUGAGGCUAUGGGCCUAAUAGUGAAUGAAGGACCAAGGGAGCAAAGCGGGCCAAAUGCAUCCAGACCUCGACAUAUCAAUGCUACCUCAAUAUGGAUGAAAGAUUAUGCAGCUAUUCUCUGCCACAUAGGAAUAUUUUCCUUAGCAUAUUCUAGAAUAAUAGUUUGUUACUAAAUUCCUUUUCUGUUAUGGAGUAGUGCCUGGAUAGUAGACACAUGUCCUUGAUUAGGCUGGUGGACAUUAUAUUUGUAAUAAUGAGAAAUGAAAUGAGGUAUCAAUGAAUUUACCCUGAAAAGUGUGCUCUGAACCUUCUCUCUUAAUUCUCUGGAGUUCCUCCUACUCUAAAGGAAAUUCCCCCUUGUCACAAAGCUCCAGGGAGAUAGAUUCUGAGAAGAUUCCACAUAUCAGAUAUAUUUGGAGACUCUCUUUUUUAUGGUUUUGUUACAUAUAUUUGUUGUGUUGAUUAUUAUUUACACGCAGGGUAUUUCUUUUGAGCUCAAUGAUGAGAUGGCUGCAGCCUGCCGAUGAUGAGGACAGAGAAAUGUUGCAGGUAUGAUAGCAACAUUUGCAUUUUUAAACAGGUUGGGAAACUUCGUCUGCUAAUAGCAACAUUCAUUGUGAGAUUUGUGAUAGCAUUUGUCAAAGGGCCGCUUCUCACUGUUGGCAUGUUGCUGCUCUUCCACUUCUUGUGUCAGGUGCUGCUAUAGCUGUCAUCAUAGGCAGGAUGACAUCUUGAGGUCUCUUGGACAGGCAUCCCCUGGCAUGAGUGUUUUGGCUGCAGGUUCUGCUGCAGCUUACAAAAUGUUGCAGGUCAGUACUUUGCUUCAAUAUUUGGGAUCAUAUUUUAGUCUU